GUCAUUUGUAAAGUACGCUGCGUUACACAGGAAGGAAGUGGGUGUGUUAGCUGACUGACGUUAGCUUAGCAAGAGAGCACGCAGUCUGUUGCGGAUUCUAUGGAAGAGAUGUCAGGAGAGACGGCUGUAAGCUCGGGAGUGCCGGCAGCUACCACCAGGACUACAUCUUUCAAAGGCUCCAGUCCCAGCUCUAAAUACGUGAAGUUAAAUGUGGGCGGAGCACUUUAUUAUACCACAAUGCAAACACUGACCAAACAGGACACAAUGCUUAAGGCGAUGUUUAGUGGCAGGAUGGAGGUCCUCACAGACAGUGAAGGCUGGAUCUUGAUUGAUCGUUGUGGGAAACAUUUUGGAACAAUCCUGAACUACCUUAGAGAUGGGGCAGUUCCGCUGCCAGACAGCCGACGAGAAACUGAGGAACUGCUUGCUGAGGCAAAGUACUACCUGGUCCAAGGCCUCGCUGAUGAAUGUACUGCAGCAUUGCAGAACAAAGAGACAUAUGAACCACUUUGUAAGGUGCCACUGAUGACAUCAUCUAAGGAAGAACAGAGGCUUAUUGCAAUGUCUAAUAAGCCUACUGUCAAACUGCUGUAUAACAGAAGUAACAACAAAUAUUCAUAUACCAGCAAUUCAGAUGACAACAUGCUGAAAAAUAUUGAGCUGUUUGACAAGCUCUCACUGCGAUUCAACGGUCGUGUACUGUUCAUCAAAGAUGUUAUUGGGGAUGAGAUCUGCUGCUGGUCAUUUUAUGGCCAAGGUCGCAAGAUUGCUGAAGUGUGCUGUACUUCCAUUGUUUAUGCAACAGAAAAGAAGCAGACAAAAGUGGAAUUCCCCGAAGCUCGGAUUUAUGAGGAAACUCUCAACAUCCUCCUGUACGAGUCCCAUGAUGGGAGGGGUCCAGAUAAUGCCCUGCUGGAGGCCACAGGUGGCGCCGCAGGGCGAUCCCAUCAUCUGGAUGAGGAUGAGGAGCGAGAGAGAAUCGAACGCGUUCGUAGGAUUCAUAUCAAGCGACCUGAUGAUCGCACACACCACCACCAGUGACCCAGCAGCCUGUUUGACCCUGGACAGUUUUUGCACCACACCUGUGCCUUACAACACUCGGCGCCUCUGUUUCACUCCACACAACAAGCACUGUGCAGCAGUGAAGACAUUUUUUGUGUCUACAUGUUCCCUUUGUUGUGUCUCUCUGUUGGUCUGAAAUGUGUUUUCUAGUGUAAAUUAGUCAUGUUUUCUGUUGUGUGAAUAACAAUAAUCUCAUGAAUGUUGCAUUCAGCUCUGUGUGUAUCCCAACAGUGUGAAUGUGACUAAAUGUGUAAUGUCAGUAUAAAUUUGAGGUCCUCAUUACAUUACAGCCAGAGGAACAAGAAUUAUAGUAUAAGGCAAGAAGAAUGAAAUUUAUAUCCAAUAUUUUCAAGAAACUGUUGUACCAGAUGAUGCCACUUAGCGGCACUGUUAUAUUCAUAGAUGUUGCAGUGGUUUAUUUAAAGCCAGCAGAGGGUAGCAGUUAAGCCUUUUUAAAUUAUAUACAUUUUGAUACGGUUCAGCUAUCGAACAAAUAGAGGCAUGGUGUUUCAAGCGUGUGCUUUUGCCCCGUUUUAACAUUUGAUGUUUAUCAAGUUGUCUCCUCCACAAUGUGUUUGUAAAUGCAGGGAACUUGAGCAGUGAGCUGAGGUGUUAAAUGAUGGAUGCGAACUGUAAAUGAAGCUCUCCCCAGCAGGAAAGGAAUCCAGUGUACAACCGCUUCAACAUGGGACAGAAAUUAGACCUGUCCAUCACCGUAUCCAUCAAAAACUGUAGCUUUCAAAUAUGCCUAACAAUCAGUACCUGUAAGUUUGUCACAUAGAAGUGAAUGUAUGUUUUAUAUUUAUACUUUAUCACAAAUAAAUUUCUAUAUGUA